CAGCGACGAUUGCAAUCGAUUGCGGUACUCCUGUCGCCGCUCGCAGCGUCUGUCGCGGUCGCCAAUAACCAAUCGCCUAACACCUGUGCUAGCUUCAGCAGCAUGGCGAACCCCGAGUUUUACGGCCUGUCGACGACCACGCUUUCGGGACAGCCCUUUCCUUUCAAGGACCUUGAGGGCAAGGCAGUCCUAAUCGUGAACGUGGCUAGCAAGUGCGGCUUUACGCCACAAUACAAGGGUCUGGAGGAGCUGUACCAACAGUACAAGGACCGGGGGCUCGUCAUCCUUGGCUUCCCCUGCAACCAGUUUGGAGGCCAGGAGCCUGGGGACGCUAGCGCCAUCGGGGAGUUCUGCCAGCGCAAUUUCGGCGUUACGUUCCCCAUUAUGGAGAAGUCGGACGUGAACGGCAACGACGCCAACCCCGUGUUCAAGUACCUGAAGAGCCAAAAGAAGCAGUUCAUGAUGGAGAUGAUUAAAUGGAACUUUGAGAAGUUCCUGGUGGACAAGAGCGGCCAGGUGGUGGCGCGCUUCAGCAGCAUGGCUACCCCCGCCAGCCUGGCGCCGGAGAUUGAGAAGGUGCUGAACGCGUAAGCGAUGCGAUUGUUUUGUUUUUGAGCGGCCAGGCGGCAAGGGCCCUGACAGAGAUGUGCAGAUGUCAAGGUGCCGCCUUGGGGCUGCAGAAGAGAUGGAGUUGUCAGCCGUGUUCUGCAGGGCUAGCAAGCAACGGCGUGUGUUGGCAGGAUGCAGCAGGGCGGUGAGGACUUGGAGGGAGACUCGAACUACUGCAAGCACCUGGGACAGCCCUGUUGAGGCACCCGAGCUAUUUGCCUUUGGAUAACUUGAAAUGGAGAGGGAAGCAUCAAUAACUUGUGAGGGCAAACGCACGUACAAGCGGGAGCAGAACCAACCUGAAUGCAAAAGUGGAGAGUCACGUGUUUGACACGGUUAUGAGAGUCUGAUGUGGCUGUGCGAAGUUUUGGUCACUAUCCAUCAUGCCAAUUGCUUUGAUUGUGGAGGGAGGUCAAGAUUGGAGCAUCGCAUUAGAUUUCGUCAGGCCUGCAGCGCUUAUCCCCAACCGAUUUGCCCUGAGAAACAUAUUUGGUGUGGAUUCCAUGGAUGUGUUCUGCAAGGCACCGAGGCCCGUACAUAUCACCGUACCACGUCUUCAUGUAACAAACCUCA